CAGCUCACCUUUUGGCUCUCUGUGCCAAAGAUUUCACAUCCUCUCUUUCUUCUUUGAGAGCAUCAUCAUCUGUGGCUCUUGGUCAUCUGGCAGGAAUGAUACCUCAGCCUUGAGGCACUGCUGGUCUCCCACGCAUCUUGUUGCCUUUCCUUUGGCCCCUGCAACUUGCGGAGGAGGAAGGAAACAGGAUUAAAAUCUGCUGGUGGGGCAGGGAGUGGUGCUGCUGCUGCCUAGCCUCCAGGAGGACGCCCAAGUGCGGCCUUGCCACAGAGAUAGCUUCCAUUUGUUCGUAGAUAAGACAGGCAAGAGCAUCAGCUGCAGCCCCAACACUGGGCUGGAGGAAGAUCCUCCAGUGAGCCCCAACGACAAACUGCACCCUCCCCUCACACGGCUCAGAGGAGAAAAGGCUGUUUCAAUGAUGUCAACAGAAUGUGUUCAGCCACUUGAUAUCCCAGAUGACAGACUGGACAAGCAAGAUUCACAGUGUAACCAUUUAGAAGAUCUUUCAGAGCAGCUGAUUAAGAGCUGUGACCUCAAAAAUAAACCAAGAAAAGGUAAAAUUCUCACAGCCUCUCAGAAGACUGAACAGGAGCAAAAGAAGCCGAAGAGAAAAGAUACACCCGCUUUGCACACUCCACCACCUCUAACAUGCAUAGUUUCAGACUCAUCUGAAAAUCUGCUGAAAAGGUAUGGUAUCCCAGAGAAGUCACAGAGAGUGUCUCCAGUCUCUCAAAUCACUGGACUGGAGCAGAAAAAGCCCAGAAGAAAAGAUACACCUGCAAUACACAUCCCACCUUUGAUAAUAGGCACUAAGCUAUUUACAGAAGAAGAACAAACAGUGAUUAUGGAAGAUGAAGAAAAGGAUGGAGACACAAUCCACAGUUAGAUUACAGUGGUAUUUCAAUAUACAAUGUAAAUAAUCAUGGGUCAUUCAAAGUGGCAGCACAUUAAAAAAGAUCUUUCACCUUUAUAAAUAAUUUUCUCAGUUGUACACUUGCAUUUAAACUACCACCAAGUGCUUAUCUGCAUCUCAUAAAUCCCAGCAGGCAUUAUUGGACAUGAAUGGCAGAAAUUUCAGUUACACAGGGUUUGAAGAAUUCUGUCAGUUUACUAGAAGGGGCUUCCUAGCAUUUUUGUCAGGAAGGAAUCCACCUCAGGUCAGAUCAAGUUUUGUCCAAUGCGGUACUCAUACAGUACCCGGCACUAGAAGUGGUAAUGCAGAGUAGUAAAACAUCAGCUAGUGAUUGAAACUGCUUUUUUUGCCUGACACUUGACCUAAUUUGUUCAGCUUUCAUUUCCUGGAAUAACACUGACCACAGUGAAAAUUCCCAAGUGCAGACUUGAUGGGAUAGAUGAAGAAGGUGAGAGGGCCAGGAUUCAAUUCUAGAGUCUCUGAAAUGCAAAGAAAAAAAUUUCCUCUGCCUGUAUCUGAUCAUGACUUGUGUCUGUAAAGAGGAAAAGAUAAAUUUACUUUAGAAUUAAAAUUACACCUAAGGGCUCUCAGUGUUGACAGAGGCAUCAAACAGGAUGGAGGGCAGAGAUCUCAGAGGAGAAACACUAGGGAAGUGCAAUGCUUGCUGGUAAUUGUCUCCACUGGAUUGCUGAAAGAUAAAUUUGUUGGAUAGUUGAUGCUUUUGCUCCAAAUAAUUUCUUUUCACAUCUGUUUUUUAAAUUGAAUCCUAGGUAAUCAGUUAGGAGAGGUUUUAAAGAUUCAAAAUCACAGCAGGAAGGUAAAAAUUGAGUAAAAGGAAUAAUGUUACUCAAUGGCAUAUGUUUACUGCAAGGUAGAAGAGCAUCAUGUGACCUAUUAAAGAGUUUACCUCAAUGAUUCAAACAAGAAUUGCUUCCACAGCUAGCUACAGCAUUUGUAGAGAGAUGGGUAUUGGUAGAAUAUUUUACCAAAAAAAAAGAUAGAACUGGACACUGUGUGCUUACCUUAAUAACUCUGGGAUAGAUGUAGUAGCUGAACCAUUAGGAAACUAUGCAGAGAAGUUGAAGAUUAUCUAGCCUGGCAGACUGAUUUUAGUUAUCUUUUCAAGUCGCUUAUACAGACAGCUGAGGACCAUACUAGUUUGGACUCCAUUUGCCACUGUAACUGACCCAACAUCUUUCAUGAGAAUGCAGUCCAUUCACAAAUAUAUGUGAGUGUAUACUCUCAAGAUGUAAUCAAUGAGCUUACAAUAAAUAAUUGCAUAUUAAAUUGCAGAAGAGGUCCACUAUAUGAUUAAUGGGAUACCUCUUACUUAGAAAGUGUACUUGUUUUUAUCCUAUUAAUCUAUCAGUGAGAUAAUACUUAAAAUAUAAACAAUCAAUAGUUCAAGUAACAACAUUAAUAUAAGAUCCACAAUAAAGUGUGGAAACAGAUGUGCAUGCCAGCCCUCUCCCUUGGAGAGGUAUCCCUUGAAUGGGUUAUAACAAGAUCCUCUCAAAGUCUCAUGGAUUGAGAAAUCCUCCUUGGUCAUGGUGAGUUCCCAGCAGGCUUUGGAACCCCAUGUAGAUUUGUUUGGACUGAUUGGUUUUUCCCUCAUUGUACCACCCCUGCUUUUCCCCGAAAAAACCAGAGUUUCUGCCCUGUU